UCCGCCCGCCUUCCCGCGGCCCGGCGAAGAAGAUGAUUGAGGAGAGUGGAAAGAGGAGGAGGACGAUGGCAGAGAAGAGGCAGCUGUUUAUGGAAAUGAGAGCUCAGAAUUUUGAUGUCAUCAGACUGUCAACGUAUCGGACUGCCUGCAAACUGAGAUUUGUGCAAAAAAGAUGUAAUCUUCAUCUCGUGGAUAUCUGGAAUAUGAUUGAAGCCUUCCGAGACAAUGGCCUUAACACAUUGGAUCAUAACACAGAGAUCAACGUGUCUCGACUAGAAACCAUCAUUUCGUCCAUCUACUACCAGUUGAAUAAACGCCUUCCUUCUACUCACCAGAUCAGCGUGGAACAAUCCAUCAGCCUUCUCCUCAACUUCAUGAUAGCAGCCUAUGACAGUGAGGGCCACGGGAAGCUGACAGUAUUUUCCAUAAAAGCAAUGUUGGCAACUAUGUGCGGUGGGAAAAUUCUGGACAAGUUAAGAUAUAUUUUCUCACAAAUGUCAGAUUCCAGUGGACUGAUGAUAUUUUCAAAGUUUGACCAGUUUCUGAGAGAGGUCCUGAAACUUCCCACAGCUGUAUUUGAAGGGCCUUCCUUUGGAUAUACAGAAAACUCUGUGCGAGCCUGUUUCCCUCAGCAGAAAAAGGUCAUGCUAAACAUGUUUUUAGACACGUUAAUGGCUGAUCCACCGCCCCAGUGCCUUGUGUGGCUACCUCUCAUGCACAGACUUGCCCAUGUUGAAAAUGUCUUCCAUCCAGUGGAAUGUUCUUACUGCCGGUGUGAGAGCAUGAUGGGCUUCCGGUACCGAUGCCAGCAGUGCCACAACUACCAGCUCUGUCAGAACUGUUUUUGGCGCGGCCACGCCAAUGGCCCUCACAGCAACCAGCAUCAGAUGAAGGAGCAUUCCUCUUGGAAAUCGCCUGCCAAGAAGCUGAGCCAUGCCAUUAGUAAAUCUCUUGGUUGUGUACCCACUAGAGAGCCUCCUCACCCUGUAUAUCCGGAACAGCCAGAGAAGCCCCUUGACCUUGCCCACAUAGUCCCGUCUCGGCCUCUCGCUAACAUGAAUGACGCCCUGGUGACCCACAUGUCCUCUGGAGCCCCCACGCCAACGAAAAGGUUGCAGCACCGCCCGGCCCCCUCCGAUCGGCUCAGCGAUGAGCAUGUGCUGAUAGCAGCCUAUGUGAGCCGGCUACAGAGCGGUGCACGCAGUGUCCUAGACAGCCCCAGCAGACUGGAUGAGGAGCACAGGUUAAUCGCCCGGUACGCGGCCAGGUUGGCUGCUGAAGCUGGAAAUGUGCCACGGCCACCAACUGAGCUGGGCUUCAACUUCGAUGCCAACAAGCAGCAAAGGCAGCUGAUAGCAGAGCUGGAAAACAAGAACAGGGAGAUACUCCAGGAAAUCCAGCGCCUCCGGCUGGAGCACGAACAGGCCUCCCAGCCCACGCCGGAGAAAGCCCAGCAGAACCCGACUCUGCUGGCAGAACUACGGCUCUUGCGGCAAAGGAAAGAUGAGCUGGAGCAGCGGAUGUCUGCUCUCCAGGAAAGCCGGAGGGAGCUGAUGGUACAGCUGGAAGGGCUCAUGAAGCUGCUCAAGGAAGAGGAGCAAAAGCAGGCAGCCCAGGCCGCCGGUUCUCCGCACACCUCCCCCACGCAUGGGACCAGCCGCCCGAUGCCCAUGCCGGUCAGAUCCACAUCUGCUGGCUCCACCCCAACUCACGUGCCCCAAGAUUCGCUGGCUGGCGUUGGUGGAGAUGUUCAGGAAGCGUUUGCACAAGGAGCCCGGCGAAAUCUCCGUAAUGAUUUGCUGGUAGCAGCCGAUUCCAUUACCAACACCAUGUCGUCUUUGGUGAAGGAGCUUCAUUCAGGAGGUGAGGAAGGAGGAGAAGAGGAGGAGGGCAAGAUGCAGAACGGGAAGGACCGAGGUUAAACGGAAGUCUCUGGACCAGCCAGCAGCAACUCAAGUCCCGCGGUCUGAGCUCCCGUUCUCAAGGCGUCUCCACAUCCUUCCGAAGAGGCAUGUUCCAGCCGACACAUCCACCAUCGUGAACCCCUGACGACCACAAGUCUUGCAGGGAAGCGCCGUCCUUCCGACAGACAGAGCGGCUUUCCGGGAGGGGGGGAGGGGGGCAUCUCCUU